UGAUCGGGUAUGUUUACAAUUUAAAUUACGUCUUAUGAUUGUCUGCCAAGGUCGUAUAAGAUAUCAAAAUGGAGUUAAAAUCAACAUUCUUAUUGUUGUUUAUACCAAUGAUUUUAGGUUUUACCUUUAGCAAGAUACAUGUGUGCCUGAAAGGAGUAUAUAUUAACAACACGUUAGUUAUUUCAUGCUAUGUUUCGGAGCUAAAAUUUGAUGUUGAAAUAACUGAUCCAUCAGACAAAUUGGUAGCAAAAUGUUUCGGACCAGUCAGGACAGAACUCAAGGGGAUUUGCACAAACAAGAGAACGUCCCAAGAUUUAUCAACCAAUAUAACGACGUUAACUGUCGAUAAAAUAGAGCAAAAUAACAUUACUGGUACAUGGAAAUGCAGUCAUGGCACGAAUCAUGAUUUCGAUUUACUUGACGUCCACAAUAAUUGCGAUGUCACUACAUAUAUUAAAUCAGCAGACACACGUUGUACCAAAUUUAUAGGCAUUACAGUUUCGUCAACAAUUAUUGUAUCUAUAAUUGUUACUGUCAUCACUUUAAAGAUUUGUCAGAAACUGAAAGAGCACACUAAUAUGAGAAGAAACUGGAGAACAGAUGUUACUAAAAUGAGAUCUCGAAAAAAUGAUGAUGGAGAACCCUUACUCCCAGACUUAUUAAUAUACCUUUGUACACUUUAGAUUUGAAUGAUGAAACCCUGAACCAGAAGAGUUGUUGUUGUAAAACAUGUGAUCAAAUGACAGCCUUUUCAUUUUGUUUUGAGUGUAAAGAUGUUUAUUGCGAAUCCUGUUGCGAGCACCAUGUCAAGGAAGCACCGUCUCAUACAAUUUUUCAAGUAAAACAUAUCGAGACAGACAGCCAAAGUGUUAAGUUUAUGACAUGCAGUACUGGUAAUCCUAUCAAAGUUUGUUUUCAGUGCAAAAGACUACUGUGUACACAAUGUUUAUGCGAACAUGUACAUAAACCUUUAUUGAUAGAUAGUGAAGCUAUAAAUAAAAAAGAUUGCGAACACUGCAUUAUUAAAAUGGAUGAGGAUAUAGAGCAGAGUUUUACAAUACCGAUACCAGUAGACAAGUUACAUGUUCCAACUAGGAUUUGUGGUUUUGUCAUCCUAGAUGAAGAAAGGAUAGUUAUAGCUGAUUACAGUAAUAGAGUAUUAGAAUAUUGUCAGUGGUAAAAACCAGAAAGACCUUUGCUCCGAUCAUUUUGGCUGGUGAACCAAGAGGAAUAGCUAGGAUGUUUGAUAGUAGGUUUGCUGUCACAUUUCCACAUGAUAGGAAAAUUCAAAUUUUCGAUGUCAAAUCUGAAGACCUCUCGAGUUCAAUGAAAUACAAACUUGAUAUGCAUUCUUAUGGAAAACCUUUCAGUAUCACUUAUAAUCAAAACACAUUUGCAGUAGAAAUAGAUGAACGCGAAGAUGGCUACAUACUAAUCAUAACGAUAGACGGUGUCUGCCUUCAUAAAAUACACGAAGCUAAACAAUAUGCCUAUUUUACUGGACAUACUAUUAGACUUGCGUUGGACAAAGCAAACCAGCGUUUAUACAUUUCUGCAAUGAGUAAAAGGGCUGUCACGUGUAUAGAUUUUAAGGGAGAGAAAAAAUGGUCUGAACAGUUUACAAGUCCGAGAGGUUUAUUUUUUCUUCCAGAUCUUGACAAAUUGAUACUUGCAAGUAAACGGCGGAAUGCUAUUUAUCAACUAAACACUCUCAAUGGAAACGGUAGGAUCUUGGCGUCAUGUGGUGACAUUAUAUCACCUCGAUAUAUUGCUUAUGAUCAAAGAACAAAACUUCUGUUUGUACAAGUGUAUGGUGAUGACGAUGAAGAUAGGAUUGUUGUGAUGAAAUAUAAGUAAACAAUGUGUCAUUCAAAUGUGACGUCAUUUGCGUUGUGUGCUGUUUCAGAAUUUCAAAUGUGACGUAUUUUUUGUGCCUUUUCACCACUUCGUAUGUGACGUCACUUUUUUCACUUUUUGCGCUGAGGCUUUGACUUAGUCGGGUGUGUUUAUUUUUUGUGUUGGUUUAUGUAAUGUAUUCGGGUUUUGCUUCUGUAAUUAGUUAAUACUUCAGUUUUAUCAUGUAUAUCUUUUAUAUUCAUUUGAUAAAAUUUACUGUUUGCAAUAGCAUAAAUUGUUCUAAAUAA